AGUGCGGAUGGCGGGAAGGACGUGACCAGCACUGACCCUCGUCCACCCACCGAGUGGCCCCACCAUGCAGAAGCCCAGUGGCCUGAAGCCCCCUGGCCGUGGGGGGAAGCACUCCAGCCCUGUGGGCCGGACGUCCACUGGGUCAGCUUCAGCCUCUGCAGUGUCUGCGGCUACUGGCUCUAAGGAAGGCUCCCCCCUGCACAAGCAGGCAUCGGGCACCUCCGUGGCAGCUGCUGCCCCUGAAAAGCCGGGCCCAAAGGCGGCCGAAGUGGGCGAUGACUUCCUGGGGGACUUCGUGGUGGGCGAGCGGGUGUGGGUGAAUGGCGUGAAACCGGGUGUGGUGCAGUACCUGGGUGAGACGCAGUUUGCACCAGGCCAGUGGGCUGGCGUGGUGCUGGAUGAUCCAGUGGGCAAGAACGAUGGUGCUGUGGGCGGCGUGCGCUACUUCGAGUGCCCAGCCCUGCAAGGCAUCUUCACACGGCCCUCCAAGCUGACCCGGCAGCCCACAGCUGAGGGCUCGGGCAGCGAUGCCCACUCAGUGGAGUCGCUGACCGCCCAGAACCUGUCACUGCAUUCAGGCACGGCCACACCCCCACUGACCAGCCGUGUCAUCCCACUGCGGGAGAGCGUCCUCAACAGCUCCGUCAAGACGGGCAACGAGUCGGGCUCCAACCUCUCGGACAGUGGCUCCGUGAAGCGGGGUGACAAGGACCUGCGCCUGGGAGACCGCGUGCUGGUUGGUGGGACGAAGACUGGCGUGGUGCGGUAUGUGGGAGAGACAGACUUUGCCAAGGGCGAGUGGUGUGGCGUCGAACUGGAUGAGCCCCUUGGGAAGAACGAUGGGGCGGUGGCGGGCACCAGGUACUUCCAGUGCCCACCCAAGUUUGGUCUCUUUGCACCCAUCCAUAAGGUGAUCCGUAUCGGCUUCCCGUCCACCAGCCCAGCCAAGGCCAAGAAGACUAAGCGUAUGGCCAUGGGGGUCUCGGCACUAACCCACAGUCCCAGCAGUUCCUCCAUCAGCUCCGUCAGCUCCGUGGCCUCCUCCGUGGGGGGCCGGCCCAGCCGCAGUGGCCUGCUCACGGAGACCUCUUCGCGCUACGCCCGCAAGAUCUCGGGCACGACAGCCUUGCAGGAGGCGCUGAAGGAGAAGCAGCAGCACAUCGAGCAGCUGCUGGCUGAGCGGGACCUGGAGCGGGCCGAGGUGGCCAAGGCCACAAGCCACAUCUGUGAGGUGGAGAAGGAGAUCGCCCUGCUCAAGGCACAGCACGAGCAGUAUGUUGCAGAAGCUGAGGAGAAGCUGCAGCGGGCCCGGAUGCUGGUGGAGAGCGUGCGGAAAGAGAAAGUAGACCUAUCCAACCAGCUGGAGGAGGAGAGGAGGAAGGUGGAGGACCUGCAGUUCCGAGUGGAGGAGGAGUCCAUCACCAAGGGAGACCUAGAGCUGACCACGGUGGCCGAGAAGUCGCGGGUGCUCCAGCUGGAAGAGGAGCUGACCCUUCGGCGCGGCGAGAUCGAGGAGCUGCAGCAGUGCUUGCUGCACUCGGGCCCACCGCCCCCAGACCACCCCGAGGCUGCCGAGACUCUGCGGCUACGGGAGCGGCUGCUGUCCGCCAGCAAGGAGCACCAGCGGGAGAGCGGGCUGCUGCGGGAUAAGUACGAGAAGGCUCUGAAGGCGUACCAGGCCGAGGUGGAGAAGCUGCGGGCGGCCAACGAGAAAUACGCACAGGAGGUGGCCGACCUCAAGGACAAGGUCCAGCAAGCCACCAGCGAGAACAUGGGGCUCAUGGACAACUGGAAGUCCAAGCUGGACUCGCUGGCCUCGGACCACCAGAAGUCUCUGGAAGACCUCAAGGCCACCCUGAACUCAGGCCCGGGCGCCCAGCAGAAGGAGAUCGGAGAGCUAAAGGCCGUGAUGGAGGGCAUCAAGAUGGAGCACCAGCUGGAGCUGGGCAACCUGAGGGCCAAGCACGACCUGGAGACGGCUGUGCACGUGAAGGAGAAGGAGGGCCUGCGGCAGAAGCUGCAGGAGGCCCAGGAGGAGCUGGCCGAGCUGCGGCAGCACCGGGGGGGCCCGGGCCGCGCGGGGGGCGGGCCCAGCCAGCACCGGCUGGAGCUGCAGGAGGCCCAGGACCAGUGCCGUGACGCCGAGCUGCGCGUGCACGAGCUGGAGAAGCUGGACGUGGAGUACCGGGGCCAGGCGCAGGCCAUCGAGUUCCUCAAGGAACAGAUCUCGCUGGCCGAGAAGAAGAUGCUGGACUACGAGCUGCUGCAGCGGGCUGAAGCCCAGAGCAAGCAGGAGGCUGAGAGGCUGCGGGAGAAGCUCCUGGUUGCUGAAAACAGACUCCAGGCCGUCGAGUCCCUGUGCUCGUCCCAGCACAGCCAUAUGAUCGAGUCGAACGACAUUUCUGAGGAGAAGAUCAGGAUGAAGGAGACGCUGGAGGGCCUGCAGGACAAGCUGAACAAGAGGGACAAGGAGGUGACAGCCUUGACGUCCCAGACCGAGAUGCUCAGGGCGCAAGUAAGUGCGCUGGAGAGCAAGUGCAGGUCGGGAGAGAAGAAGGUGGACGCCCUCCUGAAGGAGAAGGGGCGGCUGGAGGCAGAGCUGGAGGCCGUGUCCCGGAAGACCCACGACGCCUCUGGCCAGCUGGUCCUCCUCAGCCAGGAGCUGCUCCAGAAGGAGCGGAGCCUCAACGAGCUGCGGGUGCUGCUGCUGGAAGCCAACCGCCACUCCCCGGGGCCCGAGAGGGACCUGAGCCGGGAGGUGCACAAGGCCGAGUGGCGGAUCAAGGAGCAGAAACUGAAGGACGAUAUCCGGGGCCUGCGGGAAAAGCUGACCGGGCUGGACAAGGAGAAGGCGCUGUCGGACCAGAGGCGCUACUCCCUCAUCGACCCGUCCUCGGCGCCUGAGCUCCUGCGGCUGCAGCACCAGCUCAUGAGCACAGAGGAUGCGCUGAGAGACGCACUGGACCAGACUCAGCAGGUGGAGAAGCUCAUGGAGGCCAUGAGGAGCUGCUCCGACAAGGCCCAGACCAUCAGCAAUUCAGGCUCCACAAACGGCAUCCACCAGCAAGACAAAGCCCACAAACCAGAGGACAAGCACUGACCCUGAGCAACACCGUGGAGCGGCCCAGUCCAUUCCAGAACCCCGCCGGGCUGCCCGGCGGCACCCCCCUCCAGGCGGGGGCCAGGACUGUCACUUUGGAGACCAGACAGUGUUUGUAACAAUAACGUCCUCACCGCCGCGGACAAUCCCCCACCCUGAACCCUCUGCCGGCCCAGGAGGCUUCGUCCGUCACGGCCUUCCACAGACAGCGGUACAGCCGGGCCUGGCCCCCGGACCUGCAGCCUGGACGCCGGCAGCUUCCAGAGUUUGCUUGGGAGGCAGAAGUGAUCUGACCAGGCCCUUUCCCAGAAUAAGCUGCCCAUGGACCAUCUCGGCACCCGGGCAGCUCCUCACCCUCCUUUCUCCUCUCCCCCCAGCGGGGCCACAGGGGAGCCCAGCUUCUCCUUGCAGGUACCAAGGAGGGAAGUCCCGUCUUCAGGAGCCAGGUGGGGCGCCUUCCCAUGACCACUUCCAGGUCAAAGCAGUCCCGAGCUUCUCGUCCCCACGCACCGAGCCUCCUUCAGACAGUCAUACGGUCCCCUCAGCCUGUCUGCCCAGCGAGGCCCUGGGUCCAAGGGGUUGGUGGGCCAGGGUCCUGCCCCCACCAAGAUCAACAUGCUCACACACACCCCAGCCUAUGGCCUGAGGUGUUCACCAAGGCCGAGAGCUACAGUAUUAGGGAUGUUUGGAAGCCCCCUCCUCACUCCCACCGCAGCCUUGGGCACGCCCUGGCUUGGAGCUGGGGACGGGGCUGCAGGGGAGCCGAGCAAGGGCUCCAGGUGUGUGUUGGCUAGUCAGAGAUACAGUGUCUCCUAGGCUGGCUAGCUGGUCCAGAACCAGGCCUCCCACCUGCAGGUUCCCCAUGCUGGCCCUGACGUGCACGCCCUGUUGACACACAGAGGGACCGUGUGCACACAUGGUCAAGUGGAUGGGGCGUGCUUGGGUUCCAGGGCUGAGCCCAGGCCUGCAGGGCCGUGCUGCAGACACUGCAAACGUUCCAGCAGCUAGAUGUGCACACACACACCCAGCUACGUGCAGGCGUUCAGGGAUGUGUGUGUCUCGCACACUCAUCGGAACACACACACACCUACAGCCCCUCAGUUCUGCCAGGUGCCUGCACAGAGCUCUCCGAGCCCUGUCUUCCUUUCUCCUCUGCUGAGUUAACCUCAGCCACGUUUGGUGGGAGAGGCCAGUUUGGUGUUGGCCAGCAGCCCUCUCUCCUGGGCUGGAGGGAAUGAGGCCACCUGCCAUGGUGGACUUCAGCAGCAGCUCAGGGGCCCAGCCCCACCCUCAGCUCACAGCUUGGGAGGGUUUUCGUGCAGGACCUCCCCUGCAGGGGCAUGAGAGGAGAGGCCUGGUCUUCCCAAGUGCACAGGACAGGUGAUUAGUUCAGAGAAACAGCCCCAGUGACCUCUGUGAGCACUGCCAGGCACCACUAGGUGGCGCUCCUGUUCUCGCCUAAAUGCAGCUGUUCCCCGGGUGCAAGUUAGUCCUGGCCGCCCCUGCCGCUCCCCGGUGGCUUUCGGUAGCACUCGCAUGUGGUUUUAUUAACAGCAGUCUAGAAGCGCUGCUUUAGUGGCCUAACCCAGAGCCAAAUACCACUCUUCCCAGCAAGACCAGGCAGCUCCGCCCGCCCACAGCAGGCAGUUACCUACUAACAGCCAAAGGCCCACAGCUGGGCAGCAGGGUGGGGCCGUGGUGGCAGGUGUCCCAGCAGCGAUUUCCCUGUGGGCACCUGCCUUCGUGGGCCUCUCAGCCUGCCCCGUGUGGCCACCCAGGUGUGUCUCCGCCAUGCCUCCCCCUAGCCCACCCCGUCCCCUCUCCCCAGUGGAAUUGUUGAAGUGUGGCAAGUCCGUGCUCGGGACAAUAAAGCUUGUGACUGAGGUCUAGGA